AUGGCUACAAUAUCGGAGCUAUUGCAGGUUUGUCUUGCCCAGUUUAUCUCGUUAAUCGAUUCAGGCACGCUCUCCACUCACCGUGAGGUUCCGCUGCAAGAAUGGAAGGACGAACUGGGGCGACUUCGCGUGUGGGCAGCGAAUAUCGGCGCUCAUCAGACCCGACAAUCCUCGCUAGAUUAUCGCCUCAGGGAUGCUUCGCAUAUAAAGAGUCAGAUAGUGAGGCUCUUGGAGCAAAUCCAGGAACUACUCACUGACCUCAAGAAUAUCCUUGAGGAGGAACGUGGCGCCGAGGACCAGGAAAAUAAUGGGAUUAAUGAUUUGGAUGAUUGGGGGGUCAUUUCGGGAAGCGAGAACUCCACCACAGAGAUCGAAGAAAUUCACCAAGGCCUUGUUGAGACAAUCAUGCAACUUUACCAGAUGUCCAUGAUCAUCCGCAAACCAGCACAGCACGAUCGACUGGUCGGAACAAGUAAACAGGAUUCCGAGCCCUUCCAAUUCUGGGCUAAGCAGCAUAUCUCCAACAAAUAUCCAAAUGCAGAUGCGCUAGCUAUCGAUCGCAUCAGUUCUGCAAUGGCGAGACAAAGGGCGAUCUUGAAAUACCGUGAACGACAUCAUACGAAAUUAAGUCAGGGCAUCGAUUCUGGAGGUGAUGGUAAAUCGGCCAUGCUAUCAGAAACGGUGGUGACGGAUUUGUUUGAGGAGAUACCCGGCCAAUUCAGUGACAUAGUCUCUGAUACUGGAGCAUCUGAAACUUCAUACGGAGGCACCUUGCUCGAGGGUACUGGUACAGACGCCCCCAAAAUACCGCCCAUACCGAAAAACGGCAGAGAACAGAGACCAUUUGAGUGUCCCUAUUGUUUUUACAUCAUCACGGCUCGAGACAAGAGAGCUUGGGCGCGCCAUAUAUUCCGCGAUUUGAUGCCGUACGUCUGCAUUAUCCCGGGAUGCUCGACACCCAGUAAGCUCUAUGAGGGUCGCCGACAGUGGUAUCAUCAUAUUCGGGAAAUACACGCCUCGACGUUGAGCACGGAGGGAUUGUAUGACUGCUCGAUCUGUAGCCAAGGCGCUCUUUCAGUCGCCACAUUUCAGCGACACGUGGGUCAACACCUGGAAGAGCUUGCGCUCUUUCUGAUACCACCAACAGAUACAGAGGAUGAUGAAGACGCAGUGACGGAUGAGGAGAAAGGGACCAGGAGUAUUGACGACAACCUUAGUGAUGGAUCUCUGGGCAGCUAUGCAGGGGCACAGAAUGUCGAGCAGCGCAAUGAUAGGAACCGUGCAGCAACAUCAGCCUCCGAGUCUGAUCAUGGCGGUGAUUAUCGGUCGGGAUGGCCGCACAAUAAGAGCAAACAUUAUACAUCCUCGGUCGGAACAAACUUGAGCGACAGAGAACCUUUAGAACUUCUGGAGUCCGACGUUGAGGACAAAAAAGCGCCCCUCUUCGCCGUCCUAUAUACGCGACGACAAGCUCGUUAUGAAGCAGAAGCUCCCUGA